UUUAUUUCAUUUCUAUUUUCUGCAUUCCUCGUUCUCGCUCUUAUCGUUCUCUCUCUCUCUCUCUCUCUCUCUCUCUCUCUGUUAUCACAGUUUCUUCGCUGGUAAAGGAGCGAAGUAACCGCGCCACCGAGUCUCUCACCGGCUCCCAAUUAGUUCUUGAAUUCGGCUCUCAUGUUAUAUUCUCCAUGGGCUCCAAAUCUGUAAGUCUCCAAGUCCCUCCUCGCCCAAUCGAUUGAGUAUACCUCGCCGCAACCGAAGCUGUUACCGAUACCGAUUCCUUUUGAGACCCUAAGCUGAUUAAUAUUUUUUUCUAGCUUAGUUCUCUGAUUAAUUUUUUUAUUGUGGAAACACUAAUGGUGGUAAUGGUUUCUUAAUGCUCUUAGGGUUCUUCAAGUUUCCGCGAAUUAGUAUCUUUUGGUAUUUGAUUUCUGUGAGGAAUUAGGGUUAGGGUUUCCCUUUGAAGCACUUUUUGCGAAGGAACUUGGAGGUUUUUCUUGAUUUUAAGGUUUUUAUUUUGUGUUCGAUUCGAGACGGGGAAGAAAGGCGUGGGGUAGAGGAUAAUGUGUAUACUCUGUGUGAUUCAGAAGUGGUCGCGCCGGGUCGCUAUGAUGCUACCUUGGCUAGUUAUUCCACUCAUAGGACUUUGGGCUCUCUCUCAGCUUUUACCGCCCGCAUUUCGUUUUGAGAUUACGUCGCCAAGGCUGGCCUGCGUGUUCGUGCUUUUGAUUACUCUCUUUUGGUAUGAGAUUUUGAUGCCUCAGCUGUCAGCCUGGCGGGUUCGCAGGAGUGCACGGCUCAGGGAGAAGAAGAGGUUUGAAGCAAUAGAAUUGCAGAAGCUUCGGAAAACCGCGACUAGGCGGUGCAGGAACUGCUUGAAUCCCUAUAGGGAUCAGAAUCCUGGUGGUGGGCGUUUUAUGUGUUCAUAUUGUGGGCAUAAUUCGAAGCGGCCAGUUCUGGACUUGCCUCUACUGCCUGGCGUGGGAAAUAACGGGAUUAUUAAGGACUUGGUUGGAAAGGGAGGGAGCUUGUUGAAUGGUAAGGUGUGGUCUGAAAAUGGAUGGAUGUGUGGUCAGGAUUGGUCAGAGAAUGAAAAUUGGGUCAGUGGGUCUGUUUUAGGAAACUCUAGUUAUUGGAGGAAGAAUGGGAGUGAUGUUUUUGGAGGAGAUGAACAUUGUUUGGCAGAGAGUUCUUUCUCAGGAUUUUUUAUUUGUGUGUGCAAGCUGCUGACAUCUUUUUUCUUGAGCAUUAGGUGGCUUUGGAGAAAGACUUUUAGGAUUAGUUCAUCAGGGGAAGAUAUUUUGACUGAUGCCGAGCAUCGGGCUAUGUUGGCUAAUAAGGGUGAGAAUGGGUUGAACUAUCACGAAAGUAGAGGAGAGAAAGCACGCAGAAAAGCUGAAGAGAAGAGACAGGCUAGGUUAGAGAAGGAACUUUUGGAGGAGGAAGAGCAAAAGCAGAGGGAGGAGGUUGCAAAGCUAGUGGAGGAACGUAGGAGACUGAAAGAUGAGAAAAUGGAUGCUGACAAAGAUUGUUGCAAAACGUCACUGCCUGUCAGGGAAAAAGAUAGUAAGAAGGAAGCAGAAAAGAAGCGUCAGGAAAGAAGGAAAGAUAAGGACAAAGGGUCUAGUAAGAGCAAUUCUGAUGCAGAAGAGUUAGAGAAGAGAGCAGGUAAGGAAAGUGAGCAAAAGCAAGAAUUGGAAAAGAAGAGUGAAACUGAUCGUCGGGAACAUCAGAAAUUUGGGACAGAUGGCAUUAGAGGCCAGAGCACCGAAACCGUACAUGGGAUGAAAAAUAUAUCCGGAAACAAUUUUAGCCGUGGAAAUUAUGGAACUAGGUAUCUGGAUCAUACGAGGGGUACAAUUUUUUCCUCUUCUAGACCAUUUAGUGGUGGUAAUCUUUUUGGAAAGGGUAUUAAUACUCCUGCCACGACUUCAAUGGAAAACAAGUCUAACAGCUCGGUAGAUCACGUCCAUAAUUUUGCUCAUAAGAAAGAUCUAUUUUCACAUGAGCAUGUAGCUGGAAAACUGAGUACAAAUGGAGAUGACAAGACCAUCACUCGCCCUGUGCUAUCAGAACCACAACCUAGGGUGACACCUAAAAAAUCGUGGCAACAAUUAUUUACUCGAUCUUCAUCUGUUCCUUUAUCAAAUCCAAAUGUCAUAAGCAGACCAAAUACAAAGUUCCAAGGUGAUGUUCAAAGUCCACAGUUUUGCAGUCAAAAAUCAUCAACACAAUCAUAUAAUAAUCCAAUAAACUUCGGGCUGCCAUCACCAUUUACACUGUCUACUUAUCCAAAUGGAUCAACAAGCAGCAGUUUAGGUUUUUCACCUGCAACUGAACCAAUCUUUCCUCAUUUUCGAGAACCAUCCUCUGAAUUUAUACAUGAAGAGCCGGACCUUUUUGAAGACCCAUGCUAUGUUCCUGAUCCAGUAUCCUUGCUUGGGCCCGUUUCAGAGUCGCUUGAUAAUUUUCAGUUAGACCGCACUGGCUUUGCAACUGACAUGGGAUUGGAAAGGCCCUAUUCAUUAAAAAAAGUAUCUGCUUCAUCUGACAUCAACAAGCAAUCUCCAAUUGAGUAUCCAAUGCCACAAGAAAAGCAUAAUACUUCUACAUGGUUUCCAAGUACUCAUAGGACCCAAGAUUUGCAUACUUUACCUGUUAAUGAUGCUACUUCAAAUGAGGCAGGAACAUGGCAGAUGUGGAAUACUUCUCCUCUUGGUCAGGAUGGUCUAGGUUUAGUAGGUGGCCCUGUGAGCUGGAUUUUACCCCCAGAACAGAACAAAUCAAACAAAGAGGAUUUUGCUCAUCCUUCGUAUAAAACUACGGCUUCACUGUUUACAAAUGAGGACCGUGUCCUUUCUGGCAUUCAUUCUCCUCAGAACGUUUUUCUUGGUAAUGGGAACGCUGCGCCAUUCAGCCCUGCUACUGGUUCAAGUGAUAAUGACCCCUGGCUACAGAAAGCUUACUUUGCACCAUUGUCAGGAAAUGAAAACCAUUUUGCUCUCAAACCUCAUGAAGAAUCUUCACAGAAUGAAAUUAUUUAUCGUAGUCCCAGCUGUGGAAGUAGAUAUCCAUUUGAGAUGUCUCCUGCUAAUUGUUGGUCCAAGAUGGACUGGAGUGUGCAAGGUUCAGGGGAAGGUGCUGGAAACACAUCUGUUGCGAGGAGGCACCCUAUUGGGGUCUAUUUCCCACCCAAGAUGUACAGUCACUUUGGUGAUUCGAUUGAAAACAUUGAGAGAGUAGGAGGGACUUAAAUACUACACCCUUUCUCUCGAGACAAUAACCUCUUUUGGCGUAAAGUUUAGAAUACUGGAUGCAUUUGAUCUUCCUGCUCUUCUUUAUGAGGGAGAUUGAUGUUUACUUACAUUAGCUUGAUAGGAAUACGAGUGGCACGUUGCAUGCAUUUGUGCGGGCAGGUAAUAUAUCUAUAGGUUCUAUGCAUUUCUUA